AUGGGCAGAAAACAACUGGAAGCCGAUAUCCUGGACGCUGCACCUCCUACGAUUGAACCGGGAUCGAAACAACGGUAUGCUCGUGUACUUGGUCCAAGAGGCAAUCAUCAACAUGAAGUUGAAUUCACUGACGGCCAUCGCACGCUCGUCACCUUGCAGCCUCGGUUUCGUCAUAUUGUUUGGGUAAAGCGAGGCCAUUUUGUCCUUGUGGAUCCAUCCAUUGGAACAACAUCUGAAAAGGUUGGUGGAGAAAUCAUCUUCGUCUAUUUUCCUCAACACAUCAAGCAACUUGAGCAAGCUGGUCAAUGGCCUGCCGAGUUUUCACAAAAGAAAAAGAAUGAUGAAGAUGAAGACGACCUGCUCUUUGUCAACAACAACCGGCCUGUCAUGUCCGAGACCGAGAGUGAAUCAAGUGAUGAAGAAUAA